CAACGCUUUUUGUGAAUGACAUCAGAAUUUAACAAAAGCCGACAACGAAUUGAAAACCGCAUUUAAAUUCAAUAUGAAUCCCUUGGAUAAAAUACACGCACUGGAUGAAAUUGAGAAGGAUAUUCUGCUUUGCAUGCAAAGUGCAGGUCUAGCUCUGCAGGAGCUUGGCAAGGAAAAAUCGUCGCAGAAAAGCGCGGAAACACAGUCACAACAGUUCCUGAAGAGCUUGUCCAGCGUAGAGUCGAAGCUGUCUGAGCAAAUCAACUACCUCACCCAAGUAUCCACAGGACAGCCGCACGAGGGAUCCGGUUAUGCAUCUGCCAAAGUGUUGCAAAUGGCCUGGCACCGCAUACAACACGCACGUUCUCGUGUCCGUGAGCUGGAAGAGACCAAGGCGAAGCAUUCCCAUGCAGCCAGGCAGCAACAGAAGCGACAACAGGAGCAUGCAGCUGCUCAGCAGCAGCAACAACAACAACAGGCAGCUGCAGCGGCGGCACAGCAACAACAACAACAGGCUGCAGGUGUCGGAUCCGUCGGUGUUGGUGCGGGUUCUAGUGAUGGUGGGACAACGGGUGGCGGCAACACAGCUGGUUCUGCUGCAAGUGGUGGAGUAGGCGGCAUGGGAUCCGAUUCCAGCGGUGGGAUGCAAACAAAUUGAUAACACGUUUAGAGUUACAUUUAUAUAGAUAUUUUAAUUAAAAUUAAGUUAAAUUAAA